GUGGGGCCGGCCAGCAGAAACAGUGGGCUGCACAACAUCACCUUCAGAUAUGACAACUGUACCACGUACUUGAGCCCAGUGGGGAAGCACGUGAUUGCCGAUGCCCAGAACAUCACCAUCAGCCAGUACGCCUGCCACGACCAGGUGGCCGUCACCAUUCUUUGGUCCCCAGGGGCCCUUGGCAUCGAAUUCCUGAAAGGAUUUCGGGUAAUCCUGGAGGAGCUGAAGUCGGAGGGCAGGCAGUGCCAGCAACUGAUUCUCAAGGACCCGAAGCAGCUCAACAGUAGCUUCAAAAGAACUGGAAUGGAAUCUCAACCUUUCCUGAAUAUGAAGUUUGAGACGGAUUACUUUGUAAAGAUUGUCCCUUUUCCUUCCAUAAAAAAUGAAAGCAAUUAUCACCCUUUCUUUUUCAGAACCCGAGCCUGUGACCUGUUGUUACAGCCGGACAACCUGGCCUGCAAACCCUUCUGGAAGCCUCGGACCCUGAAUAUCACCCAGCACGGUUCGGAUAUGCAGGUGACCUUCAACCACGCGCCACACACCUUUGGCUUCCGUUUCUUCUCUCUUCAUUACAAACUCAAGCACGAGGGACCCUUCAAGCGAAAGACCUGUAAACAGGAGCAAAACACAGAGACAACCAGCUGCCUCCUUCAAAAUGUAUCUCCGGGUGAUUAUAUAAUUGAGCUGGUGGAUGACACUAAUACAACAAGGAAAGUGGUGCAUUAUGCUUUAAAGCCAGUGCAUUCCCCGUGGGCUGGGCCCAUCAGGGCUGUUGCCAUUACUGUGCCGCUGGUCGUCAUAUCGGCAUUCGCAACGCUCUUCACUGUGAUGUGCCGCAAGAAGCAACAAGAAAAUAUAUAUUCACAUUUAGAUGAAGAGAGUUCUGAGUCCUCCACCUACACCACGGCACUCCCAAGAGAGAGGCUGCGGCCUCGGCCGAAGGUCUUCCUCUGCUAUUCUAGUAAAGAUGGCCAGAAUCACAUGAACGUUGUCCAGUGUUUCGCCUACUUCCUCCAGGACUUCUGUGGCUGCGAGGUGGCUCUGGACCUGUGGGAAGACUUCACCCUUUGCCGAGAAGGGCAGAGAGAAUGGGUCAUCCAGAAGAUCCACGAGUCCCAGUUCAUCAUCGUGGUCUGUUCCAAAGGCAUGAAGUACUUCGUGGACAAGAACUACAAGCACAGAGGCGGCGGCCGUGGCUCGGGGAAAGGGGAGCUUUUCCUGGUGGCCGUGGCCGCCAUCGCCGAAAAGCUCCGCCAGGCCAAGCAGAGCUCUUCGGCGGCGCUCAGCAAGUUCAUCGCCGUCUACUUCGACUAUUCCUGCGAGGGAGACGUUCCUGGCGUCCUGGACCUGAGCACCAAGUACAAGCUCAUGGACCACCUGCCCCAGCUCUGCUCCCACCUGCACUCGCGAGACCACGGCCUCCCACGAGCUCAUAACCUCCCGCGAGACCACGGACUCCCGCGAGACCACGGCCUCCCGCGAGACCACGGAUUCCCGCGAGACCAUGGCCUCCCGGAGCUCGGACACGUCAGCAGGAGGAACUACUUCCGGAGCAAGGCGGGCCGGUCCCUGUACGUGGCCAUCUGCAACAUGCACCAGUUCAUCGACGAGGAGCCCGACUGGUUUGAGAAGCAGUUGGUGCCCUCGCAGCCUCCCCCGCUCCGCUGUCAGGAGCCGGUCCUGGAGAAGUUCGACUCGGGCCUGGUGCUGAAUGACGUCAUGUGCAAACUGGGGCCCGAAAGUGACCUCAAGGCUGAGGUACCGGCCCCCGGGUCACCAGAGGGGCAGCAGCUGGGCCCCGACGAGGCUGGGGAGGCCGUGGGCGCCCCGGUCCUGCAGCCCCUGCUGCGCGCCGGGAAGGACGUGGGCGCCUCGGGCAUGCCGCGGGACUCGGGCAUCUACGACUCCUCCGUACCCUCCUCCGAGCUGUCUCUGCCCCUCAUGGAAGGGCUCUCGGCGGACCAAACGGAAACGUCCUCGCUGACCGAGAGCGUGUCGUCCUCCUCGGGCCUGGGUGAGGAGGACCCUCCUGCCCUUCCGUCCAAACUCCUCGCCUCGGGGGUGUAUAAAGCAGAACCUGGUUGCUGCAGCUACACUGGUGAACUCCACGCAGUCGCCCCUUUGUAACAAAGCGGAGGAGUCGAAGCAUUGCCACUUUAGCUGCCGCCGCUCUCUGGUUCCCCAGCUCCUCUCUCUGGUUGUAGCCACUGGGAGCUGAGGAUGGUUGGGGUGGAAUUCGUGCCAGUACUUGUUCUGCUUGCCCUUCUCCUCUAACAGAUACCUUGGCAAAGUCUCCAAUUUUCUAAAACCACAUGGAGCUCGGAAAGGCAUGUCCAUAAGAUUUGACAACAGCUGGCCAUGGUAGGUCAGACCUUGGGUUAGAGCCAGUCCUGGGAGGUAGAGAGGAAACAUAUAAAAAGAAACAGGAAAAUACCUGCACUGAUCGUUCAGAGUUAAUUUAUCUCUGCAGACUUCGCCUAUUCAUUGUUGGCUACUCUGAUUUGAAAUGCUUUGUAGAAAAAGCACUUUUAAUACCUUCACAAACACAGAAAUCAAGUGUCAGUCUCUCUGGAACCCAUGUCAUUAGAGAUGAUACUCCUGUCCACUUUAGGUGUGGAACUUGUGAUGCCGUGGUUGUUUAAAAGGUCAAGAAGGUGACUGAAUAUAUAAUCACCUUUUAUAAAAUGAGUCUUCAUGUAUUUGUGGGUGGCAUGGCCGGCUGAGGUGGGAGCUGUAGGGCCAGGAUGACUGUCUUUUGUCUGAGACGGGCUGGUCAACAUGCAAAGGCACCAGAGCUCAGCUCCCAGGACCACUUCUGGGUCCGAGUAGCAUCAUGCAAGGGCCUGAUCUGCCUGCCAAGCUUGCCUGGGCUACAUUUACUGCGCUGUAUCUCAGAUGGUGGUGCCUGGAAUUUUAUUUUUGAGAGACCGAUGCACAACUGGACUCUAGUACUGGAAGUUGAGGUUCAUGUGUCAUUUGGCUUCUGUUCUAAAAAACUGUCCAGAAUAUUUGGGGUCAGAAUCCACUGAAAUACAGCAGUGUGUGGAGGUGGUGGCCAGUUAAUCUGCUGAACUGGUUUUGACUAAUGACAAACCUCUUUUUAAGAAGGUGAAAAGGAGGGGACUGUUCCAAAGAUGAAUGUGCUCUUCAAAUAUUGUCUAAAGAAGACAUGGGACCUGAAACCAUGAAGUUCUUGAAUCUGAAAGUAUUCUCCCCACAGCCCACCCUGUGACUCAUGUUUCAUUUUGUGUUUCUUUUGUACUCACCCAAUGAAAGAUUUAUCUCUCGUGCUCCUUCCUACCGAAAACAGCUAUUUGUAGCUUAGAAGGAAAUAAUUUUCUAUAAAAAGAAAAAGAAAAUGUUCUGUUUUUGUGAAUGACUUCCCCAUAGAAUUUCUGUUUCCAAAGGGAAAAUAGUUCCCUUCUCCUCCCUGUGCCCUGCGGAGUGUGAGCAUCCUUUACCACCCUUUUCAUAGAUGCUGUUGGAUUUGGCACCCUGUUUCCUUAGCGUUUUCACCAGGGACCAUGUUUUUGACUCCAGCAAAAAAGGACUGAUAUUAAAGGGACGCUGAGAAACCUCCCGAGGAGGGGUGGGAGGGGGGAUGGGGCAGGACUUCUCUUUCCCAGCACAUGCUUGGCAGGUGGGGAAGGGAGAGUACAUGCUCCUGGAAAGAAGAGGUUUGUGUAUAUUUUUGAUGCAAAUGCCACAUUUCCUGCUCUGUAAAGGCAGCUGGCAGCUUCUUGGGAGAAGAACGUGAUUGUCUGUUCUCUGGCAUCGAGUUUCCUGCAGCUGCUCUGAGGGAGAGACAAGUGAGCAGUAGAACUGCCUCCCCCAUAAAACCAGGCUUGUUGUUGGAGAAGAGACGUUCCAUGUUUGUCACCGUGAAAUAGAGGACGAGCACAGAGCUCCUGCCCACGUGUGACCAUCUUGCCAUCCCAUCCGCGGCAUGCCUGUGAAGGACUUGCCAGCAUAAGAAAAUUCACUUUGGAACAGUAUGAGAGAGCUUUCUAUUGAGACCAAAUGGUGUAUGCUCCGAAGGAACUAUUAAGGGUCACUUUUGGGAUAGAUAUUCAGCUUUGUUUGUGAAAUGAGGCAUCUGUGAGAAAGUGGCUCCAGUGACAGCAUGGAGGAUGGGGUCAGGGGAGCAUCCCGAAUGUGGGCAUAGAGCUUGCUAAGUGAACUCACUUAUGAAAAUGGAAGGGAAAAAGGUGCUAGUCCAAAUAUCAGGUAAUGUUUUAGUUUAGAUUUAAGGUUUGGGCACUUAUUGUGAAACACUAAUAUUUGUGAUCAACAAUAUCAAACUGUUGUACACUGGGAAUGUCCAACUCAGAAAAAGCUGAGAAGUCCAACUUCCUUGUUUUGCCUUAUUAGUCAC